UUUAAUAAUUAAAAAGUUUAAAGGCAACAUCCGAGAAUGGAGAACAGAGGACGGAAUGAGCUAAACGGGUAUAUCGGUUGAUAUUUUUAGAUUUCUCCGUCAGACCCCGUUGCCGACCUGUAGCAACCGUGGAAUCAGAAUUUCCUAUAAAUCCAAACACAACCGGCUACAUUUUACAUAGAAACUUCCGCUGCUCCAAAAACAUCCUUAUUUAAUCAGGAACCCUAGAUAGCAUAUCCAGGGCAAUAAUUCAUUUCAUUUCAUCACAAAAGCCGCUUAUUAUUAUUUGCAGGGUUUGUUUCCUGUUCCUUGUUUAUUAUUAUUUGCAGGGUUUGUUUCCUGUUCCUUGUUUCUUCAGUCUACAGAGAAUGAGUUAUUACAAUCAGCAACAGGCCCCUGCUGGAGCUCCUCCUUCACAAGGGUAUCCUCCAGCUGGGUAUGCACAGGCUUAUCCUCCACCACCACAGGGUUAUCCUCCAGCUGGGUAUCCUCAGGAAGGUUACCCUCCCCAAGGAGGACCCCCACCUCCACCUCAAACACAAUCCAGAGGCGAUGGCUUUUGGAAGGGAUGUUGUGCCGCCCUCUGCUGCUGUUGUGUGUUGGAAGAAUGUUGCUUUUGAGUUGGAGCAUGAAUUUGCCAAAAGGGGAUGAUUGAAUUAGGAUGUAGAAUUACCUGGCUCAAAAUUCAGUAUUUGUAGAGCUUUCCUUUGGGCAUAUUUGUAGCCACAUUCAUUUUAUUGUAUUGAAUUUUUGUAGGAUUGUUGGGUUUCCACUAUUAGUGGAGUAUAUUUGUAAUACAUAUUUUAAGAAAUAAAAAUUAAAUUGAAGA